AUGGUUAACAGCGACGAGUCUUUUGCAGCACUCGUCAAUACCGCCAAUCCAGCAGCGUCCGGAUACCGCCAGCGACAACAACACUCGAACAACCCAUACAUCCAUUCAGAUUCUCAUACUAAUACUACCACGUCUGGCUAUCCCCCUUCCCAGCAGCCAAAUCUCAUGGAUCCCUUCUUUGACGAUGACGACGACGAUGCUUCUCACUCUAAUUUUGCUAUGUACUCUGCUCCCCAACCAAUGCAGUCACAGGAAAGCGGUCUCCCUCUCGCACGUUCAGCUGCACCCCCCGCUGGCAUAGAAGCAUCUUCUAUGACCAUUGCAACAACAGCUAACGGUCAACCACAAGGCUGGGCAUUUGACGACAACGCCCUGUCGCCCACAUUCUCACCUGGCCCUUCCUAUCUAGCGGAGCCAUCCUCAACACGACCGCGCCCGCUCAAGCCACGCAGAAGGUGGAAAUGGCCCUGGCAGAGGGACAAGGAACUUACUGGAGAGCGUAUAAUCGCUCUCAACAAUCCACUCAUGAACGACAACUAUUGCUCUAACUUCGUCUCCACGAGCAAGUACAACAUGGUCACGUUUCUUCCCAAGUUUCUUACUGAACAAUUCUCGAAAUACGCCAAUUUGUUCUUUUUGUUUACAGCGUGCAUUCAACAAAUUCCCGGUGUAUCGCCCACAAAUCAGUAUACCACCAUCGCGCCCCUGGCCGUGGUCCUCCUCGCUUCUGCAUUCAAAGAAGUCCAAGAAGACCUCAAACGACACCAAUCGGACUCUGAGCUCAACGCGCGACUUGGCAAGGCGCUCUCCGGGAACACCUUCGCCGCGCGGAAAUGGAAAGACUUGUGCGUUGGCGACAUCGUGCGCGUGGAGUCAGACGAGUUCAUACCGGCUGAUCUGGUACUCAUAUCCUCGAGUGAGCCCGAGGGAUUAUGUUACAUAGAGACCUCCAACCUCGACGGCGAGACCAACCUUAAAAUCAAACAAGCUUCCCCACAAACGUCCUCGCUCACCUCUCCAUCCCUCGCAAGCGCUCUGCACGGUUCGUUGCGGUCAGAACAGCCGAACAACUCGUUGUACACGUAUGAAGGGACGCUGGAACUAUUAAGCGAUAUGAAUGUACCGAAGACGGUGCCGUUGGGCCCAGAUCAGAUGUUAUUGAGAGGCGCGCAGUUGAGGAAUACGCCAUGGGUGUAUGGAAUCGUGGUGUUCACGGGUCAUGAGACGAAGCUAAUGCGAAACGCAACCGCAGCACCGAUCAAACGCACGGCCGUCGAACGUCAAGUCAACAUUCACAUUAUCUUCCUCUUCGUCUUCCUCCUGGUUCUCUCAAUCGGAAGUACAAUCGGCGCUAGCAUCAAUACGUGGUUCUUGUCCGGCCAGCAAUGGUAUCUGGCGGAGCCAAGUACAUUCACUGGGAAAGCAAAAGCAUUUAUCGAAGAUAUCCUCACCUUCAUCAUCCUCUACAACAACCUCAUCCCCAUUUCACUCAUCGUCACCAUGGAAGUCGUUAAAUUUCAACAAGCCCAGCUCAUCAACGCCGACCUCGACAUGUACUACGCGCCCUCGGACACGCCCGCUCUCUGCCGUACCAGUGCGCUCGUCGAGGAGCUCGGGCAGAUCGAGUUCGUGUUUAGCGAUAAGACGGGGACGCUGACGAGGAACGAGAUGGAAUUCAAGAAGUGCUCGGUUGCGGGGAUUCCGUAUGCGGAUGUGGCAGAGGAGGGUGGGGAGGAAGGGGAGGGGGCGAGAACCUUUGAGGAGCUGAAGGGGCUAUUGUACGGGGACGCGGAGAAGCCAGUCGGUAGGGGGACGAUUGAGCAGAGGGAGCGGGAGGCGGCAAGAGAGUUUAUGACGUUGCUGGCGGUGUGCCAUACGGUGAUUCCGGAGGUGAAGGAUGGGAAGACACGUUAUCAAGCGAGUAGCCCGGAUGAAGCGGCACUGGUGGCAGGGGCAGAGAUGUUGGGGUAUCAGUUCCAUACUCGCAAGCCCCGCUCCGUCUUUCUCUCAAUCAACAACACCCCCGCCGAGUACGAGAUCCUCAACGUGUGCGAGUUCAACUCGACCCGCAAACGUAUGUCGACAAUUGUACGUACGCUCAACGGCUCGAUCAAGCUUUACUGCAAGGGCGCAGACACCGUCAUCCUCGAGCGUCUCGCCAAGGCACAGCCGUACACUGAGAAGACGCUUGUUCAUCUCGAGGACUACGCAACUGAAGGCCUGCGCACGCUUUGCAUCGCCUAUCGCGACGUCCCAGAGGCCGAGUACCGGCAAUGGGCCGCCAUAUACGAGCAAGCUGCUGCAACAAUCAACGGACGCGCCGAGGCACUCGACAGUGCGGCUGAGUUGAUCGAGAAAGACAUGUUUCUGCUCGGGGCGACAGCCAUCGAGGAUAAGCUCCAGGAUGGCGUGCCAGAUACGAUACACACGUUGCAGAUGGCUGGGAUCAAGAUCUGGGUACUCACGGGUGACAGGCAAGAAACUGCGAUUAAUAUCGGCAUGUCCUGUCGGUUGAUAUCGGAGUCUAUGAACUUGGUUAUCGUGAACGAAGAAAACUCGCGUGAUACUGCAGAUUUCAUCCAGAAGCGACUUUCGGCGAUCAAGAAUCAGCGGAGUACGGGAGAGCUCGAAGAUCUGGCUCUGGUUAUAGACGGCAAAAGUCUAGGUUUCGCACUCGAGAAAGAACUCUCCAAGUCAUUCUUGGAGCUCGCGCUCAUGUGCCGCGCAGUCAUCUGUUGCCGAGUUUCUCCGCUGCAGAAGGCUCUCGUCGUCAAACUCGUUAAGAAGAACCAGAAAAGCAUUCUGUUGGCAAUCGGCGACGGUGCGAACGAUGUAAGCAUGAUCCAGGCAGCACAUGUGGGUGUGGGGAUCUCUGGAGUUGAGGGUCUACAAGCCGCGCGGUCUGCAGAUGUGGCAAUUUCACAAUUUAGGUUUCUCAAGAAGCUAUUGCUGGUUCAUGGCGCGUGGAGUUACCAGAGACUGUCGAAGCUCAUUCUUUACUCAUUUUACAAGAACAUCACGCUCUAUAUGACGCAAUUUUGGUAUUCCUUCUUCAAUAACUUCUCGGGGCAAAUUGCAUACGAAUCAUGGACAAUAUCAUUUUAUAACGUCAUCUUUACCGUUCUCCCCCCUCUCGUCAUCGGCGUCUUCGAUCAGUUCGUUUCCGCGCGGAUACUAGACCGGUACCCUCAACUAUACGCUCUGGGGCAGAAGAACGUCUUCUUCACAAAGACAGCAUUCUGGCUCUGGGUCGUCAAUGCGCUGUAUCACAGUCUCAUUUUAUUUACAUUCACUGUGAUUCUGUUCUGGGGAGAUUUGAAGCAGGCGACAGGGUUGGACUCUGGGCAUUGGUUCUGGGGUGCGAUGCUUUACCUAGCUGUCCUGCUUACUGUCCUUGGCAAGGCUGCUCUGGUUUCUGAUUUGUGGACAAAAUACACUGUUGCUGCGAUUCCUGGGUCGUUCGUGUUCACCAUGCUCUUCCUUCCAUUAUACGCUGUUGUUGCCCCUGCCAUUGGAUUCUCCACCGAAUACUACGGCCUUGUUCCCCGUCUAUGGACCGACGCUGUGUUUUAUUUUGUCCUCCUCCUCGUUCCCAUUGUCUGUCUGAGUCGCGACUUUAUUUGGAAAUACUACCGACGGACAUACAUCCCUCUUCCAUAUCACAUCGCUCAAGAACUACAAAAGUACAACAUUCCUGAUUAUCGUCCCCGGCAAGAACAAUUCCAAAAAGCGAUUAAAAAAGUCCGUGCCGUCCAGCGCAUGCGCCGGAAUCGCGGAUUCGCAUUCAGCCAGACAGAGAACGGGCGGCAGGACCAGGCAAAACUCAUCCGUGCAUACGAUACGUCCAAGUCGAGCUCACGACCGUCGGGAUAUUAGGCACACGAGAGAGAGCAUCAUCUGCUUCAUCUGUCAUUCAUGGACUGUAUUAUUGUAUCACUGGGACUAAUUCAUACACCAGCAUGUUCUCGCUAUUUGUAGAUCAAAUUUUUCAUUAGUUUUCUUUUCUUUCUUCUAUUUCGACGGUGAUACGAUGACGCUUACAUCUUGCAGCAAUACUUCGUCC